AAAGUACUAUCCAAAACAAGUCAAAUUAAGGCGCCGGAGAUACCGCAAUCUUGCCAAUUUGCAUGAAAAAUAUGCGAAAACGGAUAACAUUUUUAUAAAACCGAUACGGACGAGUUAUUUUUUUAAAAAGUACAUCGGUCAGACUUUAUAAAUCCCUAGAAUGCGUUAAAGCCGUCGAUGGUUGUAAACAAACGAUUUAUCCGCGUAUUUGACAUUUGCAAAGUUGCGCGACAAACCCGGAAAAUCCAAUGAUCACCAUAAAUUAAUCUCAUCCGUACGAAUAUGAAGGUUUAUAUAAGCAGAUUUGAAAAUUUUUUAAAUCCAUAUAGACUUAAAUUGUGCCAGUCACUCUUGAGGUUAACUUUAAUCGGUAGAUAUUUAAUUCGUCAUUACUAUGGCUCUAGAGACUUUAAAAUUCUUAAUCGGUACGAAGUGAAGAUGCCGCGUGAAGCGCAUGUGCGCGUUGCGUCGGCUUUAGCAGUUUUUAUUACUCUGUCAAAACAUUCGGUGAAAGACGACGGCGGUCGUGCCUCGGGAAGAAAUUUUUGUAUUCUAUUACGAGUUUUGUGAAACAAUGACUCUUGGACCGUGAAAAUGUUGAAGUGAAUGAAUAAGAGAAGAAGAUGCCUGGCUAUCGUCAGCCUAACUCCUUAGAGGUGCUUAGUUUGGGACGAGUGUGCCAGCAACUUGAUGGAACGUGUCGCCGACUACAGGUGCUUUCUCAAGAAUCAUCAGCUCCUCAAGUUUUAGCAUUUGCCAAGCAAACUAUCCGACCAUACUAUGUCAAUGCUCUACCAGCACGCUUACGUUCUCAAAUCAUUGAAGAGACUUCAAGGAUGUUAUACGGACCUUCAUCGGAUGGAUCAACUCUCAUCUCAGGCCCUGCUCCAUUGUAUCUACUAGCCCUCCUUCUUGGACAUGACAUAAAGCAACUGAAAGUGAACUUAUGCUGUUAUUAUGGAUGCAGCCAUCAGACAUCAUUAUUAAAAUUGUUGGCAACAGAAGGAGUGGGAUUAGAAUAUUUGGAGCUGGCUCGCUCUGCCCUGCUUAGAUUGGACUGUAAGCUGCUACGCUCUGCAUUGAUGAGCACUAAAAAUCUUCUGAGCCUUACGCUUCGCAAUAUAGCCAGCGAUGCUGUGCUUCAAGUUGUGGGGAAAGCUUGUCCAAAGCUGGUGAUAUUGGACGUGGCCUGCUCCAGACAAGUAACAGAUGCAGGGUUAAAACAAUUAUUACUGCAGGUAGAACUCAGGGAUAAGGUUCCUCCUUUGACCACUCAAGAGCCAACAAGUUGGUUACGACUUAAGACUCUACUAUCCAAACUAAAAGUCAAGAGCUCCAAGACUGAGAAGAAUGAAAAGCAAGGCGUAUUGUUGGAAUAUUACGAGAGUCGAAAUUUCCUAUGUGACACACUCAGAGUACUUAACGUAGCAAACACGGGUGUAACCAGUGCAGGAGUACUUCUAGCCCUAGUCCAUGUACCCAGUUUAGAAUCCCUGGCCGAAUACAGUCAUAUGGGAAGAGUGGUGGAAAUCAUGAACAGAGGAGUCAUCAGUUUUAAAACACCAUUUAGCCUCAUUCAGGCAAGAAGUUGUCGAACCACGCCUGCACGUUUAGAACUCUUGGCUCAGGCUUGUCCACGAGUUGAAAAACUUCACAUCUCAGAACCUCAUCAUCCUCCAGAAGCGCUUAGAUUGUUUCCCUACGUCACAUCCCUUAGCGUGCACGGCAUUCCUGCGCAGAAAGAAUGGCUCGAUGGUUUCUACGAAUACCUACGAACCAAUGGGCAGAAACUUCACGAUCUGAAUCUUCGUAUGAUGCAGAGUGAGAACCCAUUGGAUUUGGAUCUCAAGGAAAUCUUUUAUAGCUGCCCCAAUUUGAGAACGCUAACUAAAGAUGGUGCCAAUGUCAUAUGGACAGAUGGUCCUGAUCCUUCUUCAUUGAAGUACCUUAAAAAAGUUCAACUUGGACGUACCGUCAGCGCCUUAACUAUUACAAAAAUCCUAUUCCUUGCACCAGAACUAACGGCCUUACACGUUCACAGCUGUUACGACCUAACGAAUGGGCAUUUGGAAAAAUUAUUGAACGUUUCUACGAUGAGAUCAAAGUCAUCCCGCAAAUCUGACAAGUAUGAGAACAGUCUCAUUCAGAACUUGACGUGCUUCUACAUAUACGAAGCCAGCAAGGUUUCAGCCACGACCGUCCUGAAUAUGUUCAAGAGUUGCAAGAAACUUCGUCGUAUUGGAAACCUGGCAAACUGGGGUUUAGAUUGUGAAGGUGUACGGAUGUUACGGACGACACUCGCUAGGGCGAACUUGGACGUAGACUUAUGUCCCGGGUCACAUUGGUUUUGGAGCAACUGCAUCCAAUAGCAUUGUGUCAAGGCUGAUCAUUAUGCUGCCAGGGCAGCCGUGCAAAUACGCCGCGUCCAUGACACGAUUGGCUGUUGUUCAAAUUGACAUUGUCAUUUUCUAAUAGGCUGUUUAAUUAUCAGUAUUAGAAUUUUCACCGGGUACUUAUGCGGAAAAGAAAGAUGAUUAUAAUCAGUGAUAAGUAAAAGAGGAUAAGCACGGAUAAAAUGGAUUCAAAACAAAAUGUACGUACAUUUGGAUCUAAGCUGGACAUAGUUAUAACUUGAAGUUAAAUCCGAAUUUCAAAAGAAUUAUUAACCUAUCACUGCUAUCCUCGUUUAUGAAUUAUACGAGUAUCGAACUAGAGAUUACCAAAUAGAAGAGUGAAAGCAUUUCAUAACAUAUACGUAGGCAUUCGAAAGUGCAAAGUGUAGAAUUUUAAUGAAACGCGAACACUGCUGAAGCAGUAUAAAAUGUUAAUUAUAGAUAAUAAUGCGUUAACAAGAUUGCCAGUACUAAUGCGCACUAGGGACAUAUUAAAUUCGAUAAUAAAUUUUAAAAUUCUCACGGAAUUAAUCAGAUCUUAACUACACCUUGGCUGGGCCUUAUCACUUUGUAUAUACGUUCGCAAUUCGAAUAGAAUGUAAAUCAGCUGUAUAGUUAUAAUAUUUAAUAUAAAUCUCUUUUUUUUUUGUCAACCUCUCAACUACUGCUUUGAAACAGCUCAUAUACAAUAUGUCAGAGGUCUAAGAUAAGGUUGUUGACGAAGUUCGUGGAUAUGUCGAAGUAAGAUUUAUAAAAAAUUUUCACUAUGUAUCUCAUCACUAGACAUAUGGUUGCAAGCAAUAAAUAAAAUGAAUAUAAAAAUUUAGUGGAUAUACGUACGUCUACAUUAGACUGUAAUGAAUUCGCAACAAAUACUUAUGCAUUUAUAUCCUCAGACAAUAAAGCUUUUACAUUAAACAUC